ACACGCGAAGGAUAUGUAAACUUAAUAGGAAACGCAUAUUGUCGAGAGGAUACAUUGAAAACUCGGCCAACCUGUUCUGUAAGGUAGUUUUGACUCUUUUAGUCGCGGGGAUUCAUUAAGAUAUUCCACUAUGUCCAGAUGUUCAAAAGCUACUCGUCAGUUUUUGAGAACAACAUCGUUUUGGGUGCUCUGCUUUCUUCUGCUAGCAUCCCUUGGAGCCCUUUUGUUCUCCGAGGUGGAGCGUCCCAGCGCUAUGAGCAGAUUGAAAUCCAAAGACGAAAAACUCGCAAGUCUUCAAAACGAAAUGAAAACCGAAUACAACAUGACCCAUGAAGAAUUUGCAAGGUUCGUUAAUUUAUCCAGUGAGGCUCUAAGUCUGGAUGGGCCUGCGUGGAAUUAUCUUGACGGGCUGCGGUACACCUUCGAGACGCUAACGACAAUAGGUUAUGGAGCCAUUUCUCCUUCCACCAGACUGGGCCAGGCAUUGUGUAUAGUCUUUGCAAUUCUGGGAAUUCCUGUUACAAUCCUGGCAUUCAAAUCUGUUGGUGAGCUUAUCAGCCUCGGGAUCAGUUCUACCAUCGCAUUUGUUGAAACGAAAUGCUGCAGAAAAGAACCGACUCAUGUUGAAGCAAAGUGUACAGUCGCCACAUGCUUGCUAAUGAUGAUAAUGCUACUUUUAGGAGCCAUAAUGCAAUCGAAUUUUGAUGAUUGGUCAUAUCUGGAAGCGUGUUACUUUUGGGUCAUUACCUUUACAACCAUCGGAUACGGCGAUUACAUCGCAGGAUCCGAAACCCGCAAAAAGGGCACCGGAAAUCCAAAAACCAAAGUUGUUAAGUCUUUAAACGUAGCGUUUCACAUUGCCUGGACCACGAUCGGCCUAUGCGUGUUUUCUAGCGUGCUUAACGCCGCAGCCACGUUUAUCGAGAAACGAGCGCUCGCUAAACGGAGAUGCGGGAAGCGCAGGUGCUGCUGUUGUGCUGGCCAACAAGAAUCGGAUUCUGAUAAAGGUGACACACUGGAAAAAUACACCUACCAACCUAGUGCCAAUGGUCGUGCGCGUGACAAGAUUCAAAGUCGAGAAGACUACAACUGCAUGACUUAUGUAUAACACGUUAAUUAGACUACUUCCCUACGCCAAGGGUCUCCGUUCCAUUUGACCAGUGUUUCGUCAAGCCUGCGCAUUAAAUAAAAAGCUAGAAAAUUAGAAGAGACGGGAAUGAUUGGCGCGUGAAGGCAAUUUUCUGAGCUGCGCACGUCUUCAGAAGAAAAUAUGGCCUGAUGAUUUAAAGCGUUUCUGUUCCCUUGUCUAAGGCAAAAAAGUGUAUUAGGAAAAGGCUUGAGUUUUCUUGAAUUAAGUUUCGUGGUCGAGGUGAGGUGAACUUCAGAAGGGAAGGUCUGCGCAGGGCUAUAAGUGGAGCCAAAGUUUAUUUCUGCAGCAACUUCCCUGUGGGACAGUCUUCUUCUGUGGAUUGCCAUUGCUUAGCAUUUUAGAACAAAUUUAAGGUACCGGGUGCCCAGAUAGCGACUACUUCAGCCACCAGAAUUUAUCCCGACGUCUAUUGUACGCAUGAGUCUACUCCACCAGGGCGGAAAGCUGAUCCAUUGUAGCUUAACUCUCCUUUAUUUCACUGUGUCCUCCUGACAAUUUAUCAGUACUUAUCUAUACUUGUUUGUGGGGAGUCACUUUUUCGCAUUUGAUCACAUGCACAUGUAAAAUGCCUGUUACAAACAAUACUUAUUAUAUUAAAAAUUUUAACACUAAAUAUUAUAAAUAUUAA